AUGGUUAUCCUCCUGGACGAGACCAAGCUCAAACCUCGACUGCCCAACUACUUCGUGUGGCACCCGUUCAGGGGCACUGCGGCGCUCGUCAGGAGGGACGUGGUGCACGAGGAGCUUGAGCUACUGACCUUCGCCUCUACCAGAACGGUCGGAGUGAGGGUCCACGUACCGGGGGCUGAACUGCGAAUUUAUGUCGCGUAUCGACCCCCGGGUCCUGAUUUUGUCGAGGACGAUAUUAGACGGGCCUUGAACCAUGAUCGCCAUCCGGCCUUGGUGGUCGGGGACUUCAAUGCAAAACAUGUCGCUUGGGGCUCCCGAAUCAUCACGGCGCCCGGAAGGCGAUUGUACGAGAUCGAUCUAGUCAUGAGUAAUGCAACUAAAAAUGCAACAGCAACAGGAACUAAUUCGCUGUGUUUUUGUGUACUCUAA